AUGCUAUCUAAAAGGAAAGUCUAAGAAUAAAAUCAAGAAGAUUAAAACUCGAUUGAAAAUUUGUGCAAUAAAAUCCGUAAAGUGAUUGUUAGCGAGGUAGGAGAAAAAUACAUCCAAAAUCAUACAGAAAAAGGGUUAAAGAAACGAAGAACCAAAUAGAAAAUUAUAAUCUAAGAUAAUCAAUAACAUAUUGAACAAAUGGAAAAUGAGGCUGUGGAAGUUGAAGAAUAAUUAUCUUCCAUCUAAGCAAUCUCUGAAUCUCAAUCUUGGGUAUUCGAGGAACUAUUUGAUGAAAUAAAUAAGCUUAAUGUACAUUAAGAUAUUGAAUGA